UGGAGGGUCUUUGUUCACAGUUUGUCUUGUAGUGGAAAUUAAGCCAUGGGACCCAACGCUGCUGCUGGGCAGACGAGAAAGAAGCUUUCAGCUCUGUUUGCAAAGGCUAACACCACAGACGAGAGGAAAUUCACUUCCCACUUUAUUCAGAUUAUCAACAGUGGUUGUCUGCGUGAUCCAGUGUUUUAGCGUAAGUACAAACAAAAGCAAUCUUAAGUCCAGCACUUGUGUUCUACUACAUGAUCAGUAGUGAAUUUCCUGACUUUGGUAAAAAUCAUACACGAUAGCAACGAUUUCGGUUGCGAUCCUGCACCUGUUCAUCGAAACAAGAAAGAACUAAUUGGCAAGAGUAAGAUAUCUGGAAAGGAGUUAUCUUGCAGCAAUGAUAUUAGUAUCGAUAGCAGUGGCCUCUGCAGUGGGUUUCAUUGGGUGGGCUUACCAGGCAUUAUUAAAGCCUCCCCCUCUAAAAACAUGUGGGUCACCAAAUGGACCUCCUGUAACUUCUCCUAGAGUAAAGCUCAGUGAUGGGAGGCAUUUGGCCUACAGGGAGUCUGGAGUUCCAAAAGAUGAGGCUAAAUACAAGAUCAUUGUUAUUCAUGGCUUUAACAGCUCCAAAGAUCUGAGUUUACCUAUUCUGCAGGAACUAAUAGAUGAGCUAAGGAUAUACUUAUUGUUUUUCGAUAGAGCUGGUUAUGGAGAAAGUGAUCCAUACCCAUCACGGUCAGUGAAGAGUGAAGCAUUUGAUAUUCAAGAGCUAGCUGAUAAGUUGCAAAUUGGAUCUAAGUUUUACUUAAUUGGAUUGUCAAUGGGAGCUUAUCCUGUUUGGAGUUGUCUAAAAUACAUACCCCACAGAUUGUCAGGAGCUGCCCUGGUAGCUCCUUUUGUGAAUUACUGGUGGUCUUGUUUUCCUGUUCCUCUAGCCAGGGAGGCCCUUGGGAGAUUGCCCAAACCAGAUCAAUGGACAUUCUGGGUUUCACAUUGCACCCCUUGGUUGGUUUAUUGGUGGAUGACUCAGAAAUGGUUCCCAUCGUUAAGUAUUACAGCGGGAAGUAUGGCGAUUUUCACUGAUAAAGAUAUAGAGAUCUUGAAGACGUUAUCAGAAACACCGACUAUUGGUGAGGAGAAGAUAGCACAGCAAGGCGUUCAUGAAUCUUUGCACCGAGACUUGAUAGUCGGUUAUGGAAAAUGGGAAUUUGAUCCGCUGGACAUAGUCAAUCCAUUCCCUGAAAAUGGUGGCUCUGUACACAUUUGGCAAGGCUAUGACGAUAAGAUUGUUCCUAGAAAGCUGAACUGCUAUAUUUCGGAGAAGCUUCCGUGGAUUCAUUAUCAUGAGGUUCCUAAUGGUGGGCAUUUUAUUUUCUUUGACAGCAAUCACUGUGAAGCAUUCUUAAGGGCACUUUUGGUUGGAUAAGAUGCAGCUUGUUUUUGUAAACACUUGGGGUCUGAUGCAUAUAUAUUAAUGCAUUUGUUGUUUAUCCAACCAUGCCAUGCAUCAGGAUCAUUUGAACCCUUUUGUUGGUGCUUGUAAUAAGCCUGUGGAGUAUUCGACUUUCUACUAUAUGAUGUACGUAUAUGUGAAAGAAAUAAAAGAUUAUGUAUAAAUAUUCAUUAUAUAUAUAUAUAUAUUUGAACAUUCAA